CUUUUUAGUUUUUCCAGAUCACAUUUAACUUGGCUUUUUUCAUUAAUUUCAAUUCAACAUGGCAAACUUUCAUAUUGAUGAGAAUUCUAUGAUGGAUCUAGUUUGUGCAACUCAUAAUCCUGACGGUACAAAUAUCAAUUCUAAUGUCGUUCUUACUGCAAUUGAGAAAAUUCUCAAUUCUGAAAAGGCGGCGGAUAAAGAAACCUCGGAAGAGAUGCUAGAGGAGCUUGAUCUCAAUUUUAAGGAGUGUUCUUUAAAAAUACAACACCUUUGUUUUGAGCUAACAUCCAAGUCAUCAAGCAUCAUAGAUAGACACCUUAUCACAAUAUGUCUAUUAAGCACAUUAUCGGCAUAUUCAUGGGAGGCAAAGAUGGUGUUAAUGCUUGCAGCCUUUUCCAUUAGCUAUGGGAAACUCAACAUUUUUUCUCGACAACGCUAUAGGAAAGAGUUGACAAAGCAAUUGGUAAUCGUCACACAAAGCGCAAAUCCAACAGCAUCUAAAGAUCCAAACCCAAUUGAUAAUUUGAUAAAGUGUGCCAUGGAUCUCACCAAAUGCAUUGUUGAGAUCAAUCAAUUGUCAUCAUAUUAUUUGCCUCAAUCAAUCAUUUCGGUAUUACCAUUUGCUAGCUAUUGGGUUGGUAGAAGCAUUGCUUGUACUGUGGCCUAUUGUGCUUGUCCUCCUAUGACAAACAUCAAGUUUGAAAGUGAACUCAACAUUAUAACUACCAAAAUCAAGGAUAUACUCACCAGUUGUUCCCUUGCACUAGAAGCGAAGAGAUCAGAAGAAUCUUAUCAAGCAUUACAACAUGCUUUAUUUAACAAUUCUACAGAUAAAUUGAAAGUGUUAAAGUUAAUAUUAAAUGUCAUUGAUGAUAAUGAGAUUUCGCUUUCUACGCAUGCGGACGGGGGUCAGAAAAUUGGAUUAAAGUUUUUUGGUGAGGAUAAAAAAGUGGCUCUACUACUGACAUCAGGCCUUGACAUCUCUAAUGAGAAGAUUCAGUUUCUCAAUGCCUUUUACAAUAAUACAUUUUCAACUCCAUAUAUAGUUUGGAUUCCAAUUCUGGAUGAUCAUGCAGCAUGGUCGAUUGAGCAAUAUGAAGAAUUUCAAGAUAAAAUGUUGUUUGAAGUAAUGGAUGAUCCACAUAAAAGGAUUGCACGAAGCUUUACUAGAUUUGUGAAAGAGAAUCUCCUUCCUCACUUUCAGAUUGGAGAGGAGCCUAUCCUCGUUUCACUAGACCAACAAGGAAGGAUCGUUCAUACAAACGCAAUGCACAUGAUUCAAAUAUGGAGUCCUGAUUAUAUUGAAGAUAAGAAAUUGAGAGUUGAGGCACGAAACAAUAUAAUCCCUUUCAUCGAAAAGGAGAUGAAAGAAAGGUCACAAGGUCUUGAUAGUUUGAUAUUUGACAUUGGCGAACAAAUUAGACAUUUGGCAUAUGAAAUUGAUGAUAAGAUAGAUGGUUGGGCAAAUCAAAUUAAUAAUAGGAUAAAUAAGCUGAGAGAGCACUCAAAUAGGUACACAAGUGAAAGAGAAAACGCUCUAUGGAAAAAAGAGAAAGAUUGGAGUCUUGGCCUUGUGGUGGGCGAGAUUGAUAGCGGCCUAACGAAUUGGAUUAGAGAUGAAAGUUAUAUUUUCUUAUAUGGAGGAAAUGACAUUAAAUGGGUUAGAGAAUUCACUUCCAAAGUACAUGAAGUAAGCUUCAAAACCCAGUCAAACAUACACUUGAUUUAUGUUGGAAAAAAUGAGAAAGUAAGAGCAAGCAUUGAUGAAGAAAACAUGAGCGAUUUAUUAGAAAGUCCCGAUGAUGCUUGGAGGUUUUGGACAAGGCUUCAAAGUGCAUUAUUGUCACGAAUCAAUUACUUAAAUGCAACUAAUUGUCAUGGUGAUGAGUGUGACGAUGAAAUUGCAAAAGGGUUCAAAAAGUUGUUGGGCUAUGAAUGUAAGGGUAAAACAAUGAAAGAAUGGGCAUUGUUAAGCAAAGGGCAAAAAGUGGUCGUAUGUGGACAUGGAGCUAAAAUGUUGAGGGUCAUUAAUGAGUAUGAGAGUUGGAAGGAAAAUAUGGCCCUUAAAAGCUUUGACCAAGCAUUCAAAGACUACUACAAUAAGGUCAAUACUUGUUUAUCGAAUAGCCAUUCUUGUUGUGCUUUUGAAUACCCAAUCACCUUGAAAGAAAUCCCAACAAAAGAGAAAUGUCCAGAGUGCUUUCAUUAUAUGCAAAAGUUGGUGACUUUUACCUGCUAUCAUGGUGACAGUUGAUUACAAGGUAUGAAUGAUGCAUGGGAAACUUCUGUAUGGUAAGCUAAGGCAUUCAAAGACAGGCACAUGAGCAUCUUAGCUUGCUUCAAAUCUUGUCGUCCUCAAAUUAGGUUUUGUUCCAUCUGAUUUGUAUAAUUUUUUUUUUUUUUUGUAUGAAGUGUUUCAGUUCUAUAGUUUUGGUGAAAAUUUUAAUCCCAAGUAUUUACAGUUUUUUGCUA